UCCGUUGCUCAACCCCUCGUCUAAUUUACGCGUCUCAAUUCUCUCUCUCUGAGCGAUCGCUCAGGAGUGAGGACUCGUUAGGGUUUUCCAAUUCUAUCAUCUUCUUCCUCACUCUCAUCACCGCAACAUCCAAUUUUGCUCCGAUUUUCCUCAUUACCUUCCGAUUCUUUCACUGAUUUCAAUUCAACUCUCCCUCCUCCGUUUCACUUUUUAUUUCAUCACCAAUGGCAUUUCUCGCCCUUUAGGGUUUCUCUUAUCAUCACCCUCGUUCCCCAAAACCACUCUGUACCGGUUCUUGAUCAGACUAUCAAAAUCCGCAGCCAUGGCGAUCAGGUUCACUGUCACCUACUCCGGCUACGUCGCCCAAAACCUCGCCGCCUCUGCCUCCAACAAAGCCGGAGGUUGCCGCUUGUUUCACGAAUGCUUCGUCCGAUCUCGCCUUUUCUGCCCUAACCAGAAGCCCGAACUCGACCCCCCCGCCUCCGCCGCCAGGAACUACCACCACCAGGCUGAGUCCCGGCGGCCGAAGUCGAAUUGCUGGGUCAAGAACUCAUCCUCUAUGUGCACUACCCUUGCCAGCGAAUUUCCGGUGGAGAACAGUAAGUCUUCGCGGCAUGUUGUUGGUUUGAUUUCGUUACUCAACUCGUCGUCUUGUGUUUCGUCUAUGGCGAUUUUUGGGAUUUCGCCUUUGAAGGCCUCUUCGAUCAUUCCGUUUUUACGAGGGUCGAAGUGGCUUCCCUGUAACGAGCCAAUUCUGAUCUCGGCUAGUAAUGAGGUGGAUGAGGGUGGAACAGAGUGUAGAGAAGUGGAAGAGAAUGAUUGCUUUAGUGGAAGGACGUUUGAGAGGAGCAAUUGGUUCUCGAGGUUGUUGAAUUUUCGUUCCGAGGAUGCCAAGGCCGUUUUCACGGCGUUGACUGUUAGUAUACUUUUCCGAUCAUCCUUGGCCGAGCCAAGAUCCAUUCCUUCGUCUUCUAUGUUUCCAACUUUGGAUGUGGGUGAUAGGAUAUUAGCCGAGAAGGUUUCCUAUGUCUUUAGAAAGCCUGAAGUUUCAGAUAUUGUGAUAUUUAAGGUGCCUCCAAUUCUUCAGGAAAUCGGCUAUAGUUCAGGUGAUGUGUUUAUAAAGCGCAUUGUUGCAAAGGAACGGGAUUUUGUUGAAGUACAUGAUGGUAAGUUAAUGGUGAAUGGUAUUGUGCAAGAAGAGGAUUUCAUUUUGGAGCCACUUGAUUAUGAAAUGGAACCAGUGCUUGUACCUGAAGGUUUUGUGUUUGUCAUGGGGGACAACCGCAACAAUAGUUUUGAUUCGCAUAAUUGGGGUCCUCUUCCAGUAAAAAAUAUUGUUGGCAGGUCGGUGCUUCGUUAUUGGCCACCAUCCAAAGUCUCCGACACUAUUUAUGAAGCACCUGUGAAUAAGGAUGCAGUGGCAGUCUCUUGACCCCUUUCCCCUUUGCCUGCAGAAGGGGAUUUCUAAUAACCUUUUUUCAUCCAAUUAAUUAAUUUCCAAUUCCCCCCAUUUUGGAUCAAUACUGAGCAGUUGUGAAUAUUCUACCUUUCUAGAUCAGGUGUUUAGCAUACGUUGGGGAUGGACCAUCUCGUCCACCAGACGGUGUAGAUUUUGUGGAUCUCCUAAUGAUGACCGGUUUAGUGGUUUUGCAUUAUUUUCUGUAUUGACUUUCAAACUUGUUUCUAUAGAAAAAGUGGGAAGAAAAACAAAUUCACUUUAGUUUCGUGAGAAA